AUGUUGGCCAACUUCUCCGCGAACGCUUCCACCAACAGCUCCGAUCCCCCGUGCCCUGACUACCGGGCCACGCACCGGCUGCACAUGGUGGUGUACAGCCUGGUGCUGCUCCUGGGGCUCCCGCUCAACGCGCUGGCCCUCUGGGUCUUCCUGCGCGCGCUGCGCGUGCACUCCGUGGUGAGCGUGUACAUGUGCAACCUGGCGGCCAGCGACCUGCUCUUCACGCUGUCGCUGCCCGUGCGCCUGUCCUACUACGCGCUGCACCACUGGCCCUUCCCGGACCUCCUGUGCCAGACGGCGGGCGCCAUCUUCCAGAUGAACCUGUACGGCAGCUGCAUCUUCCUGACGCUCAUCAACGUGGACCGCUACGCGGCCGUGGUGCACCCGCUGCGGCUGCGCCACCUGCGGCGGCCCCGCGUGGCGCGGCUGCUGUGCCUGGGCGUGUGGGCGCUCAUCCUGGUGUUCGCCGUGCCCACGAUGCUCGUGCACAAGCCGGCGCCCUGCAGCUACCGCGGCCUCCCGGUGCGCUUGUGCUUCGAGAGCUUCGGCGACAAGCUGUGGAAGAGCCGGCUGCUGCCGCUCGUGCUGCUGGCCGAGGCGCUGGGCUUCCUGCUGCCGCUCGUGGCGGUGCUCUACUCGUCGGGCCGCGUCUUCUGGACCCUGGCGCGGCCCGACGCCACGCAGAGCCGCCGCCGGCGGAAGACGGUGCGCCUCCUGCUGGUCAACCUGGUCAUCUUCCUGCUGUGCUUCGUGCCCUACAACACCACGCUGGCCGUGUACGGGCUGCUGCGGGGCGACCUGGUGGCGGCCAGCCCCGCCGCCCGCGACCAGGUGCGCCGGGUGCUGAUGGUGUUGGUGCUGCUGGCGGGCGCCAACUGCGUGCUCGACCCGCUGGUGUACUACUUCAGCGCCGAGGGCUUCCGCAACACCCUGCGCGGCCUGGGCUCGCCCCUCGGGCCCCGGACCUCGGCCUCCAACGGGGACGGAGGGACGCUCGCCCAGCUGCCCCGGGAGGCCACCCUCACCGGCAGGCCCGCCGCCUCCAGCCAAGGACUGAUCAGGCAUGCCAGUCCCCGGACGCCCAUCCCCGACGAUUCUGUCCUCUAA